AUGUGCCGACAAGAGCACUUGACACCACACGAUCAAGGCGAUCAACAUGACCCUCACCAGCAUCUCCGUCGAAGAGGCCAAUGGUGCUGGAACAUUGCCCAACACUGGUGCACUGGAGAUCGCCAAGGCGAAACUCGCAAGCCGGUAGUUGGGAUAGCCUUUGUAGGCCAGACGACAGUCGACCAAUCAGCGCGCUCGUCCACCUCGGGCUUAGGCUAUCGACUUUGCCUCGCCGUUCAACACUCGCCACCGAUUGGCUGUCUCCUCGUUGAGCCGGUCAGCCAGGUCUACUGCUGGUUGGUCACUCCUUCGUGUCCCGCGUCCACAUGUCGUGCCUCCGUCUUGUCCCAAUCGUUCGUCAGUCCCGCCGUCCCUUGA